AAAGUAAUGGAUGUUGGAGCAAAAAUCAACAGAAAAUCACCAUGGGACAAUUCAAACUGUGGAUAUAUCCAUUAUUUGUAAAGGGUGUGCGAAAUAAUGGUUUGGAUUUAGCGGACAUGUGGCGGUGUUCACAAUACGACGGUUCCAAAAAUUGGGACAUUGAACUAAAGAAGCAAGCACCAAGAUUAUUAAUGACGGCAAAGCUCACUGACACUCGGCUGCAAUAUAUGGUUGAAAUCAUAUCAGGUAUGCGUAUCGUUAAAAUGUAUUCCUGGGAGCAGUCAUUCGCAGACCUCGUGGCUGAGACACGAAAUGUACUGAACGCUAAGACUGAGAGUCCGUAUCCAACCCUUCAAAAUAUUUUGCUACAUUUAAAACCCGGAGAUUUAUUGGCAGUUAUCGGACCGGUGGGGGCGGGAAAGAGCUCACUAUUGAUGACAAUUCUAAAAGAACUGCCGCUUCUGUCGGGGAGUAUAGAAACCAUGGGAUCGAUAAGCUAUGCCUCUCAGGAGUCCUGGAGUUUCAACACUAGUGUCCGAAAUAAUAUACGUUUUGGUAAACAAUUUACUAAAUCCCGAUAUAAUCGAGUGGUAGAGGUGUGCGCUUUGGAGCGAGACUUUGAGAGAUUCCCGUUCGGAGACAAGACAUUAGUCGGUGAGAGAGGAGUACAGCUGUCGGGCGGACAGAAGGCCCGCAUCGGGUUAGCCAGAGCUCUGUAUCGAAACUCUGACAUUAUAUUAAUGGACGACCCGUUGAGUGCUGUCGACACUAGUGUUGCCGAACAUAUAUUUGAUAAAUGUAUAGUCGACUACUUGUGCGACAAAAUCCGUAUUCUAGUCACACAUCAAAUCCAAUUCAUACGAAAAGCGACACAAAUAUUGGUUUUGAACGACGAGGGAAAGUGUCUGGGAUUGGGAUCCUAUGAUGAGCUCCAGUCCCGGGGCUUAGACUUCAUGUCUAUUCUCAGCGAUCGGGAGAGAGAGCCAGACAUGAAGGCAGAGGAUGGGGAGGGGGAGGACAGGGAGAGGAGACUUAACGGUUAUGACACUAUAAUAAAAUUUCAGACAACUUCAGUGGACGAGUGUUUGGCGACUAGAAAUGUAACUGAAGUGGAAAACACUGAACCGAAAAUAGCUGACGAGUACAGGGAAACGGGUUCAUUAUCUGGCAAAGUAUAUAGCACAUUUAUUAAAGCAGGCGCCGGGCCAUUGCUAUUUUUCAACACCAUUUUAUUUACGAUCAUCGCUCAAACUAUUUAUCAUGGAUCGGACUAUUUUUUAACUCAAUGGACUGACAAAAAUCAAAACACGGAUAACACGAACACAUGUGAACAGAACAGGGAUGCGAUUAUCUACUCCUUACUGAUGGCCGCGCUGUUCAUCGCAUCCCUAUUGAGAGCCAUCACAUGGUUUGUAAUGUUUAUGAUGGCUUCAGUUAAUCUCCACAACAGUAUGUUUUAUCGUCUAUUACGGGCCCCGAUGUAUGUGUUUGAAAAUAACCCUGAUGGUCGGAUAUUGAAUCGCUUUUCAAAAGAUCUUGGUACAAUAGAUGAGCAACUGCCGGAAACAGCCUGGGGGUUCAAUUUGGCUCUGACUCAAGGAAUCGGUGGAAUAAUCAUGAUUGUGAUCGUCAACCCAUACUUAAUAAUACCAGCAUUUGUCUUAAUUGUAGUGCUCUUAGCAGCUAGGGCUAUUUACAUGAAGUCUGCUAGGGACAUUAAACGGGCCGAAGGUUUAACCCGGAGUCCAGUGUAUUCACACGUGAGCACUACACUCAACGGGUUGGCCAGUGUCAGAGCCUAUGGGGCGCAGGAGAUGUUUGAAAAACAAUUUUACGUGUACCAAGAUGAUCACUCGGCCACCUGGAUGCUCAACUUGACCGCUAGCGUUGCAUUUGCUUUAAUAAUGGACGGACUAUGCUUUCUUUAUAUUGUAAUUAUAUUCGCGGUGUUUAUGGUAUUCCCCGAAAAGUUGGGAGCGAGCGAUGCGGGACUCGCUUUAUCAUCAGCUCUACUGUUGUCGGGAAUGACUGAAUGGGGAGUCCGUAAGUCGGCAGAAAUGGAGAGUCAGUUGACUUCAGUCGAGCGCAUCAUUGAGUACUCAAAACUACCGCAAGAGGCGGCCCUCACAGCGCAUGAGAGCCGCAAACCACCCGCCGAUUGGCCACAAAAGGGACGGAUAGAGUUCAGAGAUGUGAGCCUAUACUACAAGGGAUCGGACGAACCGGUGCUCAAGAACUUGAAUUGCGUUAUAAAGAGUGGAGAGAAGAUAGGGAUCUGUGGGCGGACGGGCGCCGGCAAGUCGUCCAUUAUAUCGGCGCUGUUUCGUAUGGUUGAGCCGAAGGGGAAUAUAAUAAUGGACGGCCUGUCUGUCGGGUCGAUAGGUUUGCGUGAAUUGCGGUCAAAGAUCUCAAUCAUACCUCAGGAUCCGGUGGUCUUCACGGGAAGUAUCAGAAAAAAUUUGGAUCCUUUCGGCGAAUACAGCGAUCAAUACAUAUGGAGUGCCUUAGAAGAGGUGCAGCUGAAGAGGGCGGUGGGGGACCUCCCGGGCCAGUUGGACGCCCAGUUGGCCGAAGGGGGCGCUAAUCUGAGUGUAGGUCAGCGGCAGUUGAUAUGUCUGGCGCGGGCUAUACUGCGCCACAAUAGGGUACUAGUGCUGGACGAGGCGACCGCUAAUGUUGACCACAAAACCGAUGCCUUAAUUCAGACCACAAUUCGUGACAAAUUCAGUGAC